GUUGGGAGUGGGCGGGGCUUAACCUCGCUUGCCCGGAGAACGCGGGGUUGACCGAGGCAAAGAUGAGGAUUGAGGUGUGGGCUCUCCGACAGACUAGGGAGAGAAAGUCUGAUCCUGUAGGCAGCCCAGUACAUUCGAUCCACAGUCUAUACAAUUACUGAAGUGAGCUCUAGGACAGAGCAGCAGCUGUUCAUGCUUGGAGCAUUGUGAACUCUUAGGAUAAUUAGCCAACAAUAGCUUUAUUUGUACAACCUCAUACCUAAAGAAGAAAGAAAAUGGCUUGUGCUGAGUUUUCUUUUCAUGUGCCAAGUCUAGAGGAGCUUGCUGGAGUUAUGCAGAAGGGGCUAAAAGAUAACUAUGCUGAUGUCCAGGUCUCUGUUGUUGAUUGCCCUGAUUUGACUAAGGAACCAUUUACCUUUCCUGUAAAAGGCAUCUGUGGGAAAACUAGAAUUGCAGAAGUAGGAGGUGUGCCUUACUUAUUGCCUCUUGUAAACCAAAAAAAAGUUUAUGAUUUGAAUAAAAUUGCAAAAGAAAUCAAGCUGCCUGGAGCUUUUAUUCUUGGAGCGGGAGCAGGCCCAUUUCAGACUCUUGGGUUCAAUUCUGAGUUUAUGCCAGUUAUUCAAACAGAAAGUGAACACAAACCUCCUGUGAAUGGAAGUUACUUUGCCCAUAUUAACCCUGCAGAUGGAGGGUGCAUACUAGAGAAAUACAGUGAGAAACAUCAUGGUUUUGGAUGUGCACUAUUGGCUAAUCUUUUUGCCAGUGAGGGCCAGCCUGGCAAGGUCAUUGAGGUGAAAGCCAAAAGAAGAACUGGACAACUUAACUUUGUGACUUGUAUGAGACAGACUCUGGAAAAACAUUAUGGAGAUAAGCCUGUAGGGAUGGGAGGUACUUUCAUAAUUCAGAAGGGAAAAGUGAAGUCUCACAUUAUGCCGGCAGAAUUUUCUUCCUGCCCAUUGAACUCUGAAGAAGAGAUCAAUAAAUGGUUGCAUUUUUACGAGAUGAAGGCUCCUUUGGUUUGUCUACCAGUUUUUGUCUCCAGAGACCCAGGGUUUGAUUUGCGACUAGAGCACACUCAUUUUUUUAGUCAUCAUGGAGAAGGUGGACACUACCAUUAUGACAUUACCCCAGACAUAGUGGAAUAUCUUGGAUACUUCUUACCGGCAGAGUUUCUCUAUCGCAUUGAUCAACCAAAAGAGACCCAUUCAAUUGGGCGAGAUUAAAUCAGCUGAUACUCUUUUAGAAAAAGAAACAAUUAACUAAGGUUAACUAAUUGAUUUAUUAAUUGAUACUAAUAUAAAAUUCAAUAGAAAUGCUUUUAUUACUUAAACCAUUUUUUUGGCCUUUGAAAUGAAAGGGAUAUGUUGACGUUGUAUUCUAUUUCAUGGAUCUGUCUGAAAGAGAUUAUUGAGAACAAAGAUACCUAAUUGGGAUGGUCUUCAUUUUUUUUUUUAUACAUACAUACAUACAUUUAUUGAACCAACUUCAUUAUGUUCUUAUUCUGUAAUACCAGCAAAAUCAGUUUUAUGUUUAUUCUUCAAGUACAAACUAAUCAGGAAUCAUGUAAUUAUUCCUACUGUCUAAUAGUAAUAUCUUACAUUCAUAUAACAUUAUUAAAUUUUUCAAAUUUGUCUCAACUGCUGAGUGGAUGUUUCUGGGUAGUAAAAAAAAAAAAAUCAGUGUUUAGAAAUGUUGAUAGCUGUGAAUCUUUGUAUUGAAUUUUAGAAAUCAUAGUAUACUUUUUUCAUGGAACAAGGUGGGCAGGGAAGCCCUUCAUCUUUUUGGUUAAAUUAAACCAUACUCAGAAUUUUGCAGUUAGCCUUUCAGAAUCAUUAGAAACUAGCUGGUAUGAUUCCUCCUUUGUUUGGAUUGCCAAUUAGAAGCAGUUUGUACUUUGCUGGUUCUUUGCAAGAGGAGAAAGGAAAACAAACAGCAUUACAAUACAACACUGAAGUGAGUGUACUUUUAUUUAUAAGUGAGGCUAUUGCUAAACAUGACCACUGUCCUUGUGAAAUAUAAAAUUAUACGCUUCAUGAUUGUAAUGGCUGAAAUUUUCUUUGAUGAUCUUCUAUAAUAAUCAUUAGCCAGAAAUCAAGUCUCUAACCUUGCCAGUGCCAGCAAUGUGCAAGUUUAGGAGUUCUUUAGUAUUAAGGACAUAUCUUCAAAUAAUAUUUUUUGAUUGCCUACUUUCUAUAUUAGCUAUAACAUCUCUUGUGAGGAUAAAUUCCUAAAUAUUUCUUUUAAGUAAGCACUAUUUUAAAGUAAAAAAAAAGAAUUUUAUAUUUAUAAUCUGAUAUUGUUUCUUUUAAUAUUUUGCCUCCAGACAAAAGUAAUAUUCGUAUUCUUUCAUUUAACAAAUAUAUAUUGAACACGUACCCUGCCCUAUGGAAUGUAAACUCCAUGAGGGCAGAUAUUUGUUCACCAUUGUGUAGACUUGAACAGUGCCUGACCAAAGUAGGCACUCAAUAAUUAUUUGUUGAAUCGAUGAGUGGGAGGAUGAUUAUGUCAGACACUUCACCAGAUGCUGAGAUCUAUGUAGUGGGACAAGACAAAUAAUACCAACUGACAUAUUUGUUAAGUGCUAUGAAGAGAAGUAAAACAGGGAUGGAAAUAAAGGAGGAUGCUGUUUUGUUGUGUACAUCCCACUCUGAGGCAGGAUGGACUCCCUACCCAAAAUUUGGUUCAGAUGUCCAGACUGAUGAAGUCACACAUACACCAACAGGAUAUGAAAGGGUUUAUUACUCACAUAAUGAAGCUUUCUGGGGAGAGCAGGGCAGCUCCUAAGUACGUCCAAAAAUGGCCUGAGAGAAAAGAGAAAGACUCUUUUGGGGUUUUUAUGGUGCUUAGGGGGUAGGGCCAGGGUAAUGGUUCCUAAAUGCAGUUUGAGUUUCCCACAGGUGUCAAGAAAGCCUGGGUGCUCCCUUCUUUAUCAGCUUACCAAAAUUUGGGGAGGAAAAAGACAGAGAGGGUAAGGCUUAACAGCUGUCAGCAGUCAAACAUCAAGAUGUAAUCAGAUUCUUCAUUACACGUGUUACAUAGAGAGAUCAGGGAAAACUUCUCAUAAAGAGACAUUAGCAAAGACCUGAAAGAAAUGGAGUGAACCAUGAAGUUAUGUGAUAAACAUCCUUCCUGGCAGAUUCAAAGGCUCAGAGGCAGGAGAGGUCUUGUAUGUUCAAGAAACAGCAAGGAGGCCAUCGUGAACAAAAUAGCAUCACUUGACUUUGGAGCUAACAUCUAAUGCAACAAAUAUAUACUUUACAAUAUAUACGUAUAUAUUCACAAAAUUAUAAGUUAAUGUCAUAUUCACUUUAAAAUUAGGAAUUUGACAGGGAUGCCCAAUAUUGUUAACUAUUGGAGGCUCUGGCCAGGAAAAAAGGAAGAACAGUUGUAAGGUAAAUGCAGGACAUAGACCUAUCCACCCUCGCCACACGUGCCAGAGUUCUUCCCCCUGGGAAACUACCCCUGGCCAAGGUAGUUUAUCCAAGGAAAGGCACGUCUCCUUUAAGACAAAUGGAAGACAGUAGAAAGCAGCAGCCCAGAGUAAAUAAAUUAGCAUGUAAAUAGAGUUAGAAUACUAGUGUUAACUACUCUGGUGCCAGGAGGGGUUAAUUUAUCCAGCCAGAUCUCCUGCAAGCUCUGAGUUGGGUGAGGGUCUACACAUAAGCAUGCAAAUGAUUUAUACCUCUUCUUUGAUCUGUUCACUGUAUGACUGUUGUAUGUACCCUAUGGCAGUGUGAAUUUCUAGCUGACCGGGCCGCCAUCAGCACCUCCUGUAAGUCUAAUAAACCGGUGUCUCUACCUAUUGCAAUAUUGGGUGAGUUUCUUUGGAAUAGGUGAACACUACGCAAGUGCCCUUUCAGAUUUGGGGCUCCGCGAUACAGCAGGUAUAAUGAUUAAAAAGAAAGAAAAGAUUUUUUUUUUUUAGCAGAAAACAAGUUCACUUCAUAAAAAACCAGAUAGAAUCUCUAGUGAAAUUAAUUAUUAAACUGAGUUCAAAAAAGUUCCUAAAUAUAGUCAGUAUACAGUAAUGA